GUGCGCUGGCAGUGCUGGGGUUUGAGCUGGCCUUUGGGUGUCUGGCCAGCCGGGACGGGCGGAGGGAGGCCUCGCUCCGCCGGAGAGGCGAAAAAACAGUGCUAACCAAACGUCUGGGCCGCGUCUGAAAGGCGCGUUUGUGAGCGGCUGCCUCAAAAACCUGCGCUUUCCUCUGGGUGGUCCUCUGACGUUUGCCCCACGGUGAUUUUGUGGUGCUUGACAACUCUUACAAGCCAGCUCAGGACGUUUUUCAGAUGCUAACAAUAACGGAGGAUGCAUAAUAAGCUUGCCCAAGGUCUUGUGCAUAUGCAGACAGCUACUUUUUUUUUUAAUAUUUACUUACAUUCACACAGAAAUUACCAAUUUCAAUAUGCAGAUCUUUCUCCAGUUAAUCCCAACCCAGGUAGCAGUUAUAACUAGGGGUUCCUGUAAGUUUAACUAGAUUUUUCAGGUUGUGACUCCACUGAUAAGUCAGAUUUGUGCAGUUCCAAUGCCAGCUUGAACGCUGGCUUAUCCGUUGGGUUUGUGAGCCCUGGUUUGGGGCGUUGGACCAUGUCCUGUAGUUCUCGUCUAACGUUUGUGAAACGGUUGUCUGCAGCCUGUUUUGCAGGAGAAGCAAAAAAAUCCAGUGGCUUGGCCGGGGUUGCAUGGAAUAAUAUAAGUGGGGCCAAGAAUUGAACAUUUUCCUUGCUUGGUAUUCCUGUGGAUAUUAGCUAAUGUAGAGAUUAACAGAAAAUAUCGGUUAGUAAAGCAUGCUGAAACCUAUUAGCGAUGUCUGCAUGUGGUGCGCUUGGCUUGAUCUUCCUGUGGUUAUCUUCCUUGUCUGUCUUGUCUUUUCGGUCCUUAACUCGGAUUAUACCACCUCCCUACCUUCAGGCCAUGGGAAUUUUUUCUGGCAUUCAAAAAAAGCUAUUGCCAGAUCUUUGCAACAUAUGGCUGCACAGGGAUUGCUGCUGAAUUACAGCCAGCUCUGUAAUGCAUCAAAAGAAGUUCAUUUUCAAAGCAAAAUAACUGCUGAAGAGCUUAGGGACGGAAGAGGGAAGUGCAAAAUAGGCAGAAUGUGAUUUAUGGCACGUAAGCAUGGCUGGAACAGCAAGGUUGCCAAAGAACUUAAUUCUUAAGCAUCAUGUCAGAAGGGUGCUUGCGUUGACGCUGUAACAGGAGUUCAGCUGAACGCCAGGCCCACUUCUAGACCUGUGUGUUAAAAUGAAAUGAUGCAAAAUAACUGCUGAAGCCCUCACACUCGUAAGGCUAGUCUCCUGCCUGGUGGUGUGAGUCUUGCACUGCGAUUUCGUUCGGAAUUUCUUUGGGGUGAAAUCUUGUUUAAAGGAUGGGGAAACGUGAAUCUCUUGCUUACUGGUGAGCAGAGUCCCUGGUUCUCAUGUCUGCUGCUCCCAGGAGAGUUUCCGUGCUUUCUCCGAGGACUACUGAAGGGAAAACGGAGCUUCUGGACCGGUGCUUGGACCCAAGGGUCUCCAAGCUAGGGCAUUGGAAGUUGUGCUAGAAAUGAAUGCUUUGCCCACCAGACAGUUUUAUGAAGGGGAAGUAUGCCAGUGUCUCCCCUUGUUGAAGAAAACGACGGAGAUGUUUUCUGGCGAGGACCCUGCUGCCUUGUUGGUUUGAUUGACCCACUGGAUGCCCGUGGGAUUGAAGUCCAGCAUCAAGAGGCUUAGACCGUGGUGUCUCUGCAUGCCUGGGAACCUUGCAGUGAAACUGGGACAUUCACUGUGCCCUCCCUUGCCUUUUCUUUUGAUCAUACCUUGCUUUUGGUCAAAUUAAUGCAGAGCUGAAUUCAGUAAGUGAUGAAAGCUGGGCAUGCAGAUUGAAGGCUCGGUGGUGAAAGAUUAAAGACGUGUUUUAACCACGUUGGGCUUUGCAGUUAUUGCCGAAUUUUCCGUUGGGUAUGGAAUAGAUGUGUGUAGCUGUUUCCAAGAUGGCAUUUCAACUUCUGCUCUGCUUUUCUUGGUUACUGUUGGUGGAAGUUAGCCUGGGACCUGCCAAAAAGGCACAGGAGUCUCGAGCGCUUGCAACAAGUUGGAUGAAUGUUUGCACCCUCGUUGAAAUGGAAAAACUGUCUUGCAGGGAAACAGGAAGACAGGAGGGAACUGCUGGUGAACACUUGGAUGCGUGGUAAUAGGGAAGUGUGCCCAGACAGCUUUUGGAUAAACCUUGGCAGUUAUUCCUAAAUGAAGACUUGCUUUACCGUUGUUCUGCUUUUUUUUCCCCUCCUUUUUCUAUCUAGUAGAGUUCAGCUAAUUCUCUAUCCCAGAUUGUACUUUACUAAACACCCUAUAAUUAAAAGAAAAAGCUGCGCUUAACAGUGUUGGUUCUGAGAGCCAGUCAGUUUUUCCUGGGUGCCUAAUCAUUCCCUGCACGCUUUCAUCCCAGGAGAUCAGCGCUUUCACCUAAUAAUUAAGGCUCAAGCAGUACAAACUAGUUACGAUUUGCUAAAUAAUUAAUAAGCGCAUCCUCUCUUUGAAGUCUUAUUGUGCUCACUUAGAGCUAGGGGAUUCUCUGUAUAAAUCCUGGAGUCAGAGCCAGUAUUUGUCAAAAUCGGGAUUUUUUUGCUUCAGCUGCAGGAAUCUGGAAGUUGGGCGAACAAGGAGGGAGUGACAGGACUUCUGCAGCCGGGCCGGGUAGAUUUCCACGGUGGUGCUUAAACACGUGGGCUGGGGUAUGCCAAGAUCUUGGCUCCUGUAUUUUGUUGCAAGGAGAUAGGAGAGAAGCACGAUCUGUCUCUUUUGUGCUUCUAGUUGCUUGCCCUAACGUUUCUGCUGCACAGUAAAGGGCCUCCUUAUUCCUCCCUGCAAAAUAGCCUGAAAGGGCACUGGGUGCAGAGAGUGAGAAAUGGUAGGAAUAGUCCACCUGCUUUAUUCUCCCCCUGCUUUAUUCUGCAUUUGUUUUUUCCUGUAAACAGACUUCAGCCUCUAUCCCCCUGGGUCCUAGCGAGCGCUGGCUGAAGAGACUUGGGUUAUGCCUGCAGAUUUGGCUCUCGCAGUGCAGUGCGCUGCCCGGAGAGCUCUUACGAGCCUUUUCUUUCACUGAUACGUAUGUUAGAAGCCAUGCAGUAAUUCUCGGUGUGAAGGAAAAAUACGGGGUUCCUAAUCCAGGUCUUGCAUGCUGCAGCUUUGACAGAGCUCAGCGUGUUAUAAGUUUGUGUGGAGGCUCAUAAAUAACCCAAGUCAGUAAAGGUUCAAGGUGACUGAAUAAUGCAGAUUGGAAGUGUUGCUGUUAGUGCCUAAUGCAGGGAGAAUGCUCAUUUAUUGUCCUGAGAAGUCUCUCCUUUCUGUCUCUAAUCUGCAAGCUCAUGUUAGGCUGAGAUCUGAGCAACUCCUGCCUAAUGCAUUUAUUUCUAAUAAAUUCUAAUGCAUGGUAGGGGACAGCCAUUGUCCUCAGAAUAGGGGUGGGGAAGCAGAUGCACCGCGUGUCCAUGGCGAAGGAAGGAUUGGGCAUGGGUCUGCCUUGACAGAAACUUGGCUUCCAAGCCAUAGCAUGGACUUUCUGAUUUUAGGGUCGGGGGGACAGUGGGAUCAAUAAAUCUUGGAAAAUGGGAAAUUACCCAUUUCUUUUAUGCUCACCGGCUGAAAUACUGUGGGCUCGUAUCGCUUGAAAUGUGUGUGAGUUGUGCUGGUAGUGCAUGUUAUGUUGUUCCAAAGGCAUCAACAACCUGGCAGGGUCUGGCUGUAUCAUGUUGAGCUGGAAAUGCCUCUGGCAGAGGCUGCACAAUUAACUUAAGCUGUUCAUCCUGUGUAAUAGGUGGUCCUGAUUAAGGGAUGAUUGUUUCUUCCCCCCCUAGACAUGCCGUGUGUAUAUUCUACCUAGUUCUCCGUGCCCUGGACACCAUAGAGGACGACAUGACCAUCAGCUUGGACAUAAAGAUCCCAAUGCUGCAUGAGUUCCACUCCUAUCUCUAUCAACCGGAGUGGAAAUACAUGGAGAGCAAGGAGAAGGACCGGCAGGUGCUUGAGGACUUCCCAACGAUUUCCUCAGAGUUUCGGAACCUGUCAAAGGUGUACCAGGAUGUGAUUUCAGAUAUUUGUUACAAGAUGGGCAUCGGGAUGGCAGAGUUCUUGGAGAAGAAGGUGGACUCUCAGCACGAGUGGGAUAAGUAUUGUCACUACGUUGCUGGGCUGGUGGGGAUAGGCCUCUCCCAUCUCUUCUCUGCAUCAGAACUAGAAGAUCCUGUCGUUGGACAAGACACAGAGCUGGCAAAUUCCAUGGGCCUCUUCCUGCAGAAAACCAACAUCAUUCGGGACUAUUUGGAGGAUCAGCUGGAGGGAAGGGAAUUCUGGCCAAGAGAGGUUUGGAGCAGAUAUGCAAAGAAGCUCUCAGAUCUUGCCAAACCAGAGAACAUCGAUAUGGCCGUCCAGUGUCUGAAUGAGCUGAUCACCAACGCUCUCCACCAUGUCCCUGAUGUUAUCACGUACUUAUCUCGCCUGAAAAACCAAAGUGUCUUCAACUUCUGUGCUAUCCCUCAAGUGAUGGCUAUUGCCACUCUGGCUGCCUGCUAUAACAACAAGCAGGUGUUCAGGGGUGUAGUGAAGAUCCGGAAGGGACAAGCUGUCACUCUAGUGAUGGAUGCCACAAACAUACAGGCUGUCAGAGCCAUCAUGUACCAGUAUGUGGAAGAGGUCGAAAUGGGUGUUUCUCUUUUUUUUUUCCAGAAGAUCCCGAGCACGGACCCUUCGUCCAACAAAACGCAGCAGAUCAUCGCCUCCAUCCGCGCCAUGAGCUUGCCCAACGGCCCCAUGGCAUCGCGUCACCACUACUCCCCCAUCUAUCUGUCGUGUGCUAUGCUCCUGGCAGCCCUCAGCUGGCAAUAUUUGAGCACCAUGUCAAAGGCUGCUGAGGAGUACAUCCAGACGGGCGAGAACUGAGGGCGGGCUGGUGGUGGGAGAGAUGUUCGGCGGAUGGGCAGCAGAGAGAGGAUGCUCUUUGUCCCCUUCCUGUGGGGAUGGCCAAGCAGCGGGAUACCAGUGGGCCUGCAUGCUGCGAAGAGGACAGGACGUUGGCAGGCUGCGCUGGAGCCCCCACAGUCGUGGUGUGGCAUUGCCGGACUCUGCUCCUGACCUCUCUUGCUGUCUGGUUGGAUGGUUACAAACGCCAAUUGUAGUCUUACUGUUUGGGGUUGAUUUUUUUUUUCUGUUGUUUUUUUUUUCUCCUUUCCUGUUGGACAGUUUACCUGAAUUUUUGGUUAGGAUGGUUUUAAAUAGAAAAUCCAGUUGCCUCUUU